GUGCUCACAAAAAAAAAUCCAGCAUGUACACCGAACACGGCCACUAAACGACCCCCGUCACACGUCGUUUACCUUGAACUAUCGUAAUGCCCAAAACCCAAACCCAAACCCGUCGUUCUAAAACCCCGAAACCGAAGAUCUGAGUUCAGCGCCACCGGAAACUACAAAACUAAACAGAGACGUAAAAACUUCAUCUCUAUUUCGCAGCUAUAUCACUAUAUUCACAACCACUUUCCGAUAAUGAGAUGGUUCACGUUGUUAGCACCGUAUCGGCGCCAUUUUCUUUCUUCCCUUGCAUCAGAAUCUCUAGUUGACAAAGGAGAUUCGUUCCGGAAAUUCUUCUCCUCUCAUCAAUCAUUGUUGCUUUCACGAACUUUAUUCGGUAGCGGUUUUGUCACGAAAAAGGAGGAGUCUCGGAAUCUGACAAUUCCAUUGGGAUUCCGUUAUGGUCAAACUACAGCGUAUUCUUCUACAGCGGAACGGAACUAUUAUCAGAUGCUUGGUGUUCCUGAAAAUGCUAGUCAGGAUGAGAUAAAGAAGGCAUUUCGCUUGCUAGCUAAAAAGUACCAUCCAGAUGCAAAUAAGAAUAGUCCAUCGGCAAAGAGGAAGUUUCAAGAUAUAAGAGAAGCUUAUGAGACAUUGAGAGACUCUAAAAAGAGGGCAGAGUAUGACAAGAUGCGUGCUUUUGGUUCAGAGAAUAUGGAAUAUAGUAACAAUUAUGAUGAUGCAGAAAGGUUCAGAAACGCCUAUCGUACUCAUUUUUCUGAUUCAUUUCAUAAUGUAUUUUCUGAGAUAUUUGAAGAAGCAACAACUCAGUUCUCGCCAAAUAUAGAGGUGGAGUUAUCACUUACUUUCUCAGAAGCCGCGAAAGGAUGCACCAAACAUGUGUCAUUUGAUGCGUCAGUUCCCUGUGAUUAUUGCUAUGGACAGGGAUAUCCACAAAAUGCUACCCCAACAGUUUGUCCAACAUGCAGGGGCUUAGGUCGAGUUACAAUCCCACCAUUUACAUCAACAUGCAUUACCUGUAAAGGAGCUGGCCGCAUUAUUAAGGAGUUUUGUUUGUCGUGUGGAGGAUCCGGGGUUAUUGAAGGGAUUAAAGAGGUUAAAGUUACUAUACCACCAGGUGUUGAUUCAGGAGAUACCAUCCAUGUGCCAGAAGGUGGGAAUGCUGCUGGAAGUGGUGGUCGACAUGGAAGUUUAUACAUAAAAAUAAAGGUGGUUGAGGAUCCAGUCUUUGAGAGGGAUGGUGCAGAUAUCUAUGUGGAAUCUAAUAUUAGCUUUACACAGGCUAUUCUUGGUGGCAAAGUUGAGGUGCCUACUUUAUCAGGGAAGAUGCAAAUAAACAUACCUAAGGGUGUUCAACCAGGACAGCUGCUAGCAUUUAGAGGCAAAGGACUGCCAAAGCAUGGGUAUUUUGCGUUUCAUGGGGAUCAGUAUGUGCGUUUCCGUAUAAACUUCCCCAUUGCAAUCAAUGAACGACAACGUGCUAUACUUGAAGAAUUUGCUUCGGAGGAAAUAAAGGAGGGAAGUAAUUCAAUAUUAGAAGGAAAUUGGCUUUACCAGCAGCUAUCUACUGGUUGAACUUACAGGUGGCAGCAAAUUUUUGAAUACUCGACGAGUCCAAAGUUUAUGCUGGAACUAUCUAUGCUGAUAUUAGCCCUUGUCUUCAUUAACAAAAUGUUGAGCUGAUGGCGUGCUCAAAGUUCAAACUUGAGUGAAGUGGACUUGCCAAAAGACAAAUUCUUUUAAUUGCUGUAUUCUUCUUCCCUUCGGACUAUGUACAGUACAAGUUAUAUAGAGAUUAAAGCAAGUUUGUCCCAUUGAAUAUAGGAAUAGUGAAUGGACUACCAAAAUCAAGGCUGUAUUGCUGAAAGAUAAGAUUUCUUGGAGUCUGGUCCAUUUUUGUUGUUGUUCAACUAUCAAAGAAUAAGAUUACCAGCUGAACCAUGGUGAAAAUUUACUUCAUGAAGAAUUUUUCUACAGUUUAACUGAUUAAUGCAAAUGUCAUCAUGGAUUUCGAAUCGAAGAUGGAAUCUGUGUUUUCUUUUUUCAAUAUAUAUAAUGUUUUGUUCAUUAA